AUGUCCUUAGCGAAGCUCUCCAUUGCCGACGUAGAUCUCUCUGGAAAGCGUGUUUUCGUGCGCACGGAUUACAAUGUCCCCCAGGACAAGGAGGGUAACAUCACCAAUUUGGCGAGAAUCGAGGCUUCUUUGCCGACCUUGAGGCACUGUCUUGAGAAGGGCUGUAAGUCCCUUGUCUUGGCCUCCCAUCUUGGCCGCCCAAAGGGCACCGGACCAGAAGCGGCAUUCACUCUGGCUCCAGUCGCCAAGGCUCUCGAAAGCCUUCUGGGAAAGCCUGUCACCCUUCUUAAGGAUUGCUGUGGACCCGAGGUUGAGAGUGCCUGUGCCAACCCUGCGCCUGGUUCCAUUUUCCUCUUGGAGAAUCUGCGCUUUCAUAAGGAGGAGACCAACGAGAAUGAGGACAAUUCUGAAGUAAAGGCUUUCAGAGCGUCUCUCGCGAAGCUCGCUGACAUCUACUGUAAUGAUGCAUUCGGAACCGCGCACCGCCCUCACUCUUCUAUGGUCGGAGAAGGGUAUUCGAUCCGUUGCGCUGGCUUCCUGAUGCAGAAGGAGAUCGACUACUUCCGUAUCGCCCUUUCUGAGCCCAAGAAGCCAUACUUGGCUAUUCUUGGAGGCGCUAAGGUAGCAGACAAAAUCAAGCUCAUCAAGAACCUACUUCCGAAGGUCGACAAGAUUAUCAUCUGCGGUGGCAUGUCGUUUACCUUCCUCAAGAAGCUCAAGGGGAUGAACAUCGCGAACUCGCUUUACGACAAAGAGGGUGCAGAGACUGUUGACACAUUGAUGGACAUCGCCAAGGCUCACAAUGUGGAAGUGAUUCUUCCUGUCGAUUGCAUCGCGGCCUCGGAGUUUGACGACAACGCCAAGACGAAGGUUGUUACAUGCGAGGAGGGUAUUCCUGAAGGUUGGAUGGGCCUUGAUUGUGGCCCUGCCUCCAACGAGCUCUUUGCGAAGGCCAUCAUGUCUUCAAAGACAGUCAUCUGGAAUGGUCCACCGGGCGUCUUUGAGAUGAACAGCUUCUGCCGUGGAACCAUGGCCAUGGUAGAUGCAGUGGUUAAGGCUACUGAGGCAGGCGCCAUCACCAUUAUCGGUGGCGGAGACUCUGCAACUGCAGCCAAAAAGGCCAAAGCAACGAACAAGAUCUCCCACGUUAGUACCGGAGGUGGCGCGUCUCUCGAGCUUCUUCAGGGCGACCCGCUUCCUGGAGUCAUCAGACUGUCUGACAAGAAGUAG